AUGGCGCAACAGACACAGCCGAGCGGACACGCUCAUGAAGACGCGUGGGAUGUCGACUGGCUCCGGGUUGACUCGAUUCAUGAAUUGUACUAUGAGCAAUAUGGCAAGAAAGACGGCAAGCCAGCCUUCUUCGACCCGGACCGAUACCGCGUCGUGUUGCUGGACCAGCGAGGAUGUGGAAAGUCACGGCCCAACGCCGAGACCCGCGAGAACACCACGUGGCACCUGGUGGAAGAUAUCGAGAAGCUAAGGCGUCACCUCAAAAUCGAGAAGUGGCACGUGGUGUUUGGGGGUUCAUGGGGCUCAACCCUGGCCCUUGCAUAUGCCCAGACUCACCCUGGGUCUGUCGGCUCACUCGUCCUCAGAGGCAUCUUUGCUGUCCGCCAGCUCGAGCUCAAAUGGACCCUUGUCCAGGGCGCCAACAUAUUGUGGCCCGACGCAUUUGAGGAAUUCAUAAACUUCCUUCCAGAAGAUGAGAGAAAGGAUCAUGUCCAGUCCUACCUGAAACGGCUGCUGUCAGACGACCCAGAGAUCAGCCUUCCGGCGGCGAGGGCUUGGAACAAGUGGGAGCUUUCUAUCGGCACCCUCUAUCCAAGCGCUGAAGCACUCGAGCAGCUCGACGAUGAGUCUUACCUGCUUGCUCAUGCCAGGACAGAGGUCCAUUACUUCACGAACGGCGCGUGGUUGGAGGAGGGUCAGCUGUUAAAGAAGGAGAACGUUGACAAGAUCCGCCAUAUCCCUACUACAUUGGUACAAGGCCGCUACGACGUGGUUUGUCCACCUAUAACGGCUUGGGAAUUACACAAGGCCUUCCCUGAAUCCAAGCUUCAUUGGAUUGAUGAUGCUGGUCAUAGUGUACUGGAACCCGGAAUAAAGCAGAGACUCAUACAGACAUGCGACGAGUACGCUAAGCUGUAA